UAUGCUCACACACGCGUAGAGGGGUGAAAGAGAGACAGAAGUAAAAAGAAAGAGAAGGGGGUACCAAAUAGUAGCUCUCUGAUUCAACACCCCCACCAUCGCUAACACCCACUGACACACACACGCACACACACACACACACACACACACACACACACACACACACACACACACACACACACACACGUUUCCUUCCCGUGAACUUUUUCCAAGUUGGCCUUCAGUAAUGCGAUGCUCUCAAAUGAGCUAAGAAUGAUGAUGCAGAUAGCCAGCCUCCACCGCCACGCUCCUCCUCCACCGCCACCACCGCCGCCGCUACCACCACCACCACCACUACCACCGCAACUCGCACUACCACCACCACCGCCACCGCCGCCGCCGCCACCAGCAGUGGCAUCGCCGUCACCGGAGCCCCUCCUUCCGCCACCGCCACCACCUCCACCACUACCGCCACCGCGACCGCCGCCGCCACCACCCCCGUCGCUUCAGCAUCUGUCCAACAGCAACAAGAACAACAACAGUUGCGCCACAGCAAUGAAAAGACCGUCGUUUCUGAUCAAAGACAUUCUGGGAUCGAAUCACCAUCGCCGCUGUUUCCAAUCAAAGAAAGACUUAAACAGAGCGAAUUCAUUAUCCUCUUCAUCCUCAUCAUCAUCGUCGUCAUCGUCAUCGUCAUCGUCACCUUCAUCAUCGUCGCCGUCUUCACUAUCGUCAUCAUCAUCAUCAUCGUUAUCGUCAUGUUUGUCAUCAUCAUUAUCAUCGUCAUCACCCUUGUUAUCGCUGUCGUCGUCGUCGUCGUCGUGUGCUUCGUCAUUGCUAGCCGACUGUACGUUGACUUUAACUCCGCCCUAUCAACUUUACCCCGCCUUCCAGGCUUGUUUUGCCACGCCCCAUGGAGCCUCGUUCUGCAUACCAAGACCCGGAUUUUCAGUCAACAUGGACGCCAUUUUAGAACAAAAUGAAGCUGCGUUUUCCGUGCCAAUUCCGCUUCCCGUUUACGUCAGGACAAGAUCUCCAUCUGGUGACUGUCUCACAAAACCUAAAAAAUGUCGGCGAAGUCGAACAGUGUUUACUGAAUUACAAUUGAUGGGACUGGAGAACAAAUUUGAAACUCAGAAAUAUUUGUCAACACCAGAUCGAAUUGAACUUGCUGAAUCGUUGGGCCUGACACAGAUCCAAGUGAAAACCUGGUAUCAAAACCGAAGAAUGAAAUGGAAAAAACAGGUUAUGCAGAAAGGCGGAACAGAACCCCCAACGAAACCAAAAGGCAGACCAAAGAAGAACUGUUUCCUUUAUCCAGAAAAAUGUACGGAAGGUCAGUCAAUGAUCAGGGAAAUAGAUUUAAGUGAAUCGUCAAGUUGUAGCGAAACUACUCGGGAAAUUGAAUGAAAAAUACAAGUCGCGUAGAGAGUGAAGAAAAAGAACGAGGGAGACAAGAAGAAAAAAGGGGGAGAGAGGGGGGAUAAUGACUGGAGACAGAAUGAAAGAGAAUGAGCGAUAAAGAGAGUUUGUGUAUGUGAAAAAAAAAAGGAAUAGGGAGAGAUACAAAAUGGUUUACAAACGGAUUACACUGGACAAAAUGUGAACGAAUAUUUUUUUCAUUAAUCUAUAUAUUCAAAUGUAAAAUAAAAAAAAACAAAAACAAACAAUUUUCAACGUGAAGAUUAUGGUACAGAACGAAAAAAAUUCAGUAAUACGAAUGGAAUAUGUUACAAUAAAUUGAAAUAUAUGUGUAAAAAAAGUAUAUACAUACAUACAUACAUACA